CAAAUUCUGUGUUUGGCGCGUGUAUGGACCGAUGAGAGCUUCGAGUCGGCCUGUCAGAGCUCCCAAUACAUAUAGUCAUAUUCAAUCACAAUAUCCACGUUAUCUCAGCUGAUAAACUACCCAGCCCGUCUAAAUCCACAUAGGCAAACCAAGACAGCUUUAACUAACCUUCAAGCAAAGAUCGACCGAAAAGCAAGCAAACGAGAUGGAAAUGAAGCACUGUGUUUGAAUUGUUGUACACCGAAGGAAGUUGAUUGUGAAGGUUGUUGAUUCUUCACUAAGCCGCCAAAACCGGCCACAAAGACUAGUUUCAUUUGCUGAAAAUGGAUUUGGAAGAGUUAGCUAGGUACUGGGCAAGAUUUCACAUCUCCUUUUCAUGGGAUUAUCCAGAUGGCUUCGAUUUACAAGCAGUACAGAAAGCUGUGUUUCACGUUGUUAGUGAAACUGACGCAAGCUCCCAGGAACAACUAGUGGUUGGUUGUGUGCAGUCUGCAGGGGCGGGGGUCAUCCUCACCCGACCACGCCCAGAGACGGAUGUUGUUCCCUGUGAGAUGUCUUUCACUGCUCACCCAAUGUCAGAUGAGUUUAGUAUCAAGAGCGUAGUGAUUGUUUCAGAGGCCAGGAAUGUGGAGUUGUAUGUGGAUGGAAGUUAUGCCAAGACAGCCAAAGGAAUCAUGCUGACUAUAAGGAAAGGGAGGAAGGUGUCACUCCUUGAGACUGAAUUUGAUCUGUCAGAGUAUGUACACAGCAAAUGCAAGUGUUUAGUUAAGUUCCUUUCCUUCCCUAAUGCUCAUGCAUUGAGAUUGCAAACCAUCGUUGUGAAGAUUGCCAAGACUCCACCAGCAGGACCUGCUGCCAUUCCACAGGAUAUUAUCCCUGGAACCAUAGAUUUUGCAAGUGUGAAAGACUACAUCAAUUCAUCAGGGAAAGAACUUACUCCAGAAGCACAGAAACUUUUAGCAUCAAUGGAACAAAUGCAAAUGGCACAAGCACUAUCGACACAGGCAGUACAAAUGCGCCAUCCACGGCCUCGUUCCAGUAGCGUUGAUGCACGUCGCAAGGGUCUUCAAGAGCAAGAGGGGGAACAUUCACGGACUAGUGUAGCAAGCGAUGGUCUCCUUCACCAGGCCAUGAUCAAGGCAAGGGAGAUGGAGGAGGAAGAGAUGAUUAAUCGAAUGGAUCAUCGUAGCAGCCCAGAUGAGAGUGAUGGACUUGUUAACAUGUUAGCAGGGCUAAUGAAUAGCAAAGGAAACCAUGAUAUCCCAUCUAUCCCUAAUGGCCACCUCACAUCUAAUGAAGACAGUGACCCUCAGGCCUUAGCUCAGGCCAGGUGGGAGGCCUACCUUCAGUCAAGGGUUCGCGCAGGGCAAAGUAUCACAGAUAACUCAAGGCCAGGCUCCUAUGCAUUCAGCACGAGUACUCCUAGUCUGCUGACAAGCCUACAGGGUCCAACCUCAGUCAUUGAUCACGCAGCACUAGACAAUACAAGAGAUCAUUCACAUCCACUUAUUCUCAAUGGGACUGGUAAAACAAAUAAGGUCAACUCUGCUCCGGAGCUGCAUGGCGCGAAUACAAGGUGUGCUGCGUGCGGUUGCCCUGGUUGCAUUGCGGUUUAUAACUCUAUCGCGACCAACAUCUAUGCCGCAGAGGAACGGAUUAUGGCGCGUGUGGACGAAAAAAUGCAGCAAAUCCUUCAACACAUCGACGCUCGCUUUGAAAAACUGGGCCAGUCUACAUUACAACGACAAGAACAAUUUCCCUCCCCAGGGGGGUAUAGUGGACCAGGGAACCACAGGCGGAGUAAACCAUCUAAAAGCGUAGGAGAUACUUCGGUAUAACUGGGAGUGAAGUGCUGAUAAUAGUUAUUUCCUAUAGGGGUGUGGUCGGGGUCAACAAGCCACCCAAAAGCGUAUGAGGUCUUGUUGUUUAUUGCUAAAGAAUUCCCGUCCCCAAGGGUUUAGUGCCACUAUACCAGGGGAACAAGUGAACCUGGUCGAGCCAUCGAUCUCAAAUCGUAGGAGACGCCCCAGCAUAGUUGGUUGUAAAUCGCAAACUCCCACUUAGAGGGUAAGCGGACCUUGUACUAACUUGUGGAGUGAUCGAUAUCUAAUCGUAGGAUACAGUUCCAGUAUGGCUGAGGGAAUGGUACCACCAUUUAGAUGUGUAUGACGCUGAGAACAAGGAUAUAACGUAGAAAAUCAUGAAAAGCCGCAUAAAACUUCUCAACAGAUAACACAGUGGGAUGUAGUCAACCGGUAGCAGCAGACCGAUUUUAAGGAUACUUAUUUGUUAGGUAUAUCGGAUUCUUAGGUUGAAAAAGCCUUUCCAAUGUCUCGGUGCUACUCGAAGAUGAAGGAGUCUACUUUCAUUUUUUUUUUAGUUUCAAGUUUUUUAUUUGACACAUAUUUACAAUAAGUACAUUAAACAUAUAAUUAAUUAGACAAAUACAUGGCGAGGAGGACCAUAAAAACCACAAGGCUUAUACGAGACAGUCCUCCCCAUUUAUAAGAAAGAAUGCAUAAUAUUAAGUCAUGGCUAAAUAUAAAUAAGGAGAUUACAUUUAGGCGACUUGCACUACUUCCUACACUCCUACUCAAGCCAAAGUCAAGUCACAUAAUCACGGGAAUGGCUACGUCACGCCAAAGAGCAAAAUAAGCCUUUCCGUAAGCGCCCAAUUAGUUGCUUCUUCUUGCUGUUUUCUGCCGUAAAAGCCGGAGCUUUUCUUUCGAUGUUUUUCGUUUGACUUAGCUAAGGAAUAAUAGAAUGUAAUACUAUAUGGUAAAAAGUACAAAUGUAUUCGACGACGAAGUCAAUGGCGAUUUCAAUUGAAUUAUAGUGACAGUUAUUCAUUUCCCAGGGCCGCAAUAGGGGUUAUAGGGGUAUGGGGUAGUGGGGGGUGGGGUGGGGCACGUUCCCCCCCAAAAUUUAAGGAGAUGACCAGGAUGGGUAUAUGGCUAUGUUUCUGUUUUGCGCCGCCCGCAAUGUCCCCCAAUGUUUCGAGGCUGCUACAGCUCUGUUUCCAGUAACUGCCAUUCUCUUACACACAGAAUUUAUCUUGUUUGUUUGUUGUAUCUUAACGACUAGAUGAGGGAGAGGUUCACUCAAAAUAGAAAUGAAUUAAUAUAUGAAAAUAAAUAUCUGAAUAUCAGG